AGAAGAAGAAUGUGCUCAGGUGUUGUUGCGCCCAGGUUCUUUUGGGUGUGGGUUUCCGCCCAUCUCCUCAGGAAUUUUGGGAAGAGAAACAAUCGGUUCUGUCUUCAUGCCUGUGAACCUUUUGCCUGUGUUUUCCAGACCCCAUCCUUUGAGUCUAACACAUAAAGACAAGUGUCACGGUGGGUUUUAGUGCAGACGUCUUCAGAUCAAAGAGAGCGAUAAGAAGAAAUGUUGUGCCUGAAGGAUCUCUGUGUUCUUGUCUCAUGUGGGCUCCUCCUCAUUGUCCAGUUAAGUCAUGGCUCAGAGAUUAUUGGAGGGAAACAAGUGAAGAAGCACUCGUUGCCUUUCAUGGCUCUGCUGAUUGCAGAGGAACCAGUCUGUGGAGGGAUACUGAUCGAUCCAAAAUGGGUUCUGACUGCUGCACACUGUGACGAGAUUAAGAAAGUGUUGCUGGGGGUCCAUGCCAUCGGUAAAGCAGAGAAACACUCCAGGCAGGUCCGAAAGGUGAAGACAUGUUUUCCUCAUCCAGGCUUUGAUAAUAAUACAAAGGUCAAUGACCUCAUGUUACUGGAGCUCCAGACACCAGUGAGGAAAACCAAGUCGGUGGAAUGGCUCAAGUUGGGUGAAACCGUCAAAGAUCCAGCAGCCGGCAAACACUGUCUGGUGGCUGGAUGGGGAGAAAUGAAAAAAAAGAAGAUGUCAGCUGUCAAGGUGACUGUCAUCGACAGAGUAGCCUGCAACUCUGACAAACAUUACAACGGCAAUCCUGUUAUCACCAGUGACAUGAUAUGUGCUGGUUCAACUGGUAAGAAAAAGGCUGGUACCUGUAAGGGGGGUUCAGGAGGCCCGAUUUUGUGUGACAGAAAACUAGUUGGAGUGACCUCUUUUGGAGGUGAGGUGGAGAAGACAGGUGGGGUGAAAGUGUUGAAGUGUGGUGACAAGAAAAAAGUUGGAGUGUACUCUUUUCUCUCCAAAAAUCACCUCAAGUGGAUCAACAAAACAAUGGGGAUGUCUGAAAUUUAGUGAAUCAGCAGGUACAAACCAACUUUAGAGGUGGGAUUAAAUAAGUUUUAACUUCUUCCCACUCCCUUUCAAAUAUGUUGAAGCUUUUGUUUUCCUCCAAGUCUCCUUAUAUGAGAAGCAUAAUGGACUUUUUAUGUUGCCUUUGUGAAUCAUUCAUUGAAUGUUAUUAAUUACAUGUUCGAAAUAAAUGAACUGAACUGAAAAACUCAUGAGCUAAUGUCAGCUUAGUUAGCUAGAUGGGAGGUUGGCUUAAAUGUAUUUUGCAACUGCUAUCAUUAUAAUCUGCGAUUUUAUUGGUAAAUCUGUCACUGCUACCACUGCAAACUGCACAUUUGAACCAUUUAUCCAUCAUAGGCUUGUAUGGCGGUAUUUUUUAACUCCUAGCUUUCCAUAGUUUUCACAUGCUUUUAGAAUCCCAAGCCCAUCCAUUAAAACACCAAAGUGAGAUUAUUCAGCUGUUUAACCAAACAGAUUUCCCACUUCCUGCAUGAGAAGCUUCAACUGAAAUUGAAGCUUCAGCUCGGAUAUUUUGAAAAUAAUUUUUGAUUGGAGCAUGCUUUAUUAUUUGUUAGCAUUUAUGCUAGUUAUUUCUGUAUGGAAACCUCAAAACAAAGGCCUUCUCGGCUGUUAUAAAGCCAAAAUGUCUGAACAAACAGGUGUCCUGUCUUUCUUUUGUUCUCAUUCUUUUGAUAAUUGUACUGUAUCUCUUCCAAAGCACCUUCUGCAUGACAGUAGCUUCUAAUCAUUUCACAUAUUUUGGCAUCACAGGUUUGUAUUUCAGUAUUCUAGUUUUACAAUGAGAUCAAUAUUCAAAUUAAAAGCCUUUGAUGUCUCAGGAAACAGAA